AUGACCGAUGCAGCUGGUGGACCAAUCUAUUCCGUCUUCACAAAGAAUCAAAAAAUCUUCAUCGUGUUUAUGGCGUCGUGGGCUGGCUUCUUCUCUCCUGUGUCCGGCCAGAUCUAUUUCCCUGCUUUGAAUGCGUUAGCGAGAGAUUUGCGUGUUUCUAAUUCACUGAUCAACUUGACCCUGACCUCUUAUAUGAUAUUCCAAGGCCUUGCCCCUACGUUUGUUGGAGAUCUUGCUGAUGCUGCUGGUCGGCGUCCCGCAUAUGCUGUUUGCUUUACUAUAUACAUCCUUGCCAACAUUGGGCUUGCGCUCCAGAACAGUUAUGGGGCGCUGUUUGUCUUGCGCUGUUUCCAGAGCUCAGGUUCGAGCGCCACCAUUGCCAUGUGCAGUGCCGUUGUGUCCGACGUUGCCACCGCGGCAGAAAGAGGCAGGUAUAUGGGGUUUACCCUGGCAGGAUCUCUGCUUGGCCCAGCCUUGGGCCCCGUCAUCGGAGGUGUCCUCGCUCAAUUCCUCGGGUGGAGAGCCAUCUUCUGGUUCCUGAUGAUCAUGGGCUCCGCGUUCAUGGUUGUCUUUGCAAUUUUCUUCCCAGAGACAGCUCGUAAACAGGUCGGCAACGGUUCGAUUCCUCCAAAAGGCUGGAAUAUGUCUCUCAUGAAUUACAUGGCAAUACGCAAAGCCCGAAAACUGCAUUCCCCAGAUCAAAUGUCAACGAAAGACAAUCACCCCCAAAAGGAGACUCGUCACAAAAAGAAGUUCCGCUUCCCCAAUCCACUGCGGUCUCUUUAUAUCAUCAUGGACAAGGAGAACGCAUUGCUUCUGUUCUACAAUGCUUUUCUCUUUGCAGCUUUCUACGACGUCACAGCUACCUUACCUUCCCAAUUGCAGGCGAUCUUUGGCUUCAACGAACUACAAAUCGGCUUGUGCUUCAUUCCUUUCGGCUGCGGGUCCCUAUGUGCUGCCCUGACAAAUGGACAACUCUUGGACCGCAACUUUGCUCGUUGGUGCAGGAAACUUGGCGUGAAGAUCCGGAAGGGGAGAAAUCAAGACUUGAGCAAUUUCCCAAUCGAAAGGGUGAGGUUGCAGAUUGCCAUACCUGCCGCAUAUCUUACAUCAAUGUUGGUUCUUGCGUUCGGCUGGAUCCUGGAUGUCAAUGGGCCUCUCCCGGCCCUACUCGUCGUCCUCUUUUUCACCAGCUUCAGCAUGUCUAUUGCGUUCAACGUCACGAGCACACUCUUGGUUGAUUUCUAUCCAAGAGCCCCCGCCACGGCGACGGCGGCGAACAACCUUGUCAGAUGCGGCUUAGGUGCAGGCGCUACGGCCGCCGUGAUACCAAUGAUCGAUGCGUGGGGCAGAGGCUGGACGUUUACAUUUUUGACCUUAUCUCUAAUCGCGACAUCCCCGAUGCUCUGGGCUGUGUAUUUCUGGGGAAUGAAAUGGAGGACUGAAAGACGAGAAAGGGAAGCCAGGGCUAGGCAACUGAAAGAAGCAAAGCUGAACCACCAGAGCUUCGGAGAAAAUGGGGGCUUCACAGAGGUCAACGGCGAUGAAAAACCGCCCGUGGAAGGGGGAGCUGUCGAGAUGGCCGCCAUGGCCGAGAAGGACCAAGAAAUGCGAUUUACCUUCCAAGAGCCAUCCAAGGACAUGUCCAAAGCGCGCGAUGAAGAUAAAAUCCAGGAUCUUGAUGAUGCUACGAGUCGAGAAGUCCAGGAUGUCACGCUAUCGAGAUCGUUCUCAUAUGAGUCUGGGUAUUGA